AUGCUAAAAUGCAAAUACGAGGUAUCAUCAGAAGAUUUAAGCAAUAUUAUAGAAAGUGCGGUAGAUAAAUCGGUGAAGAAAGCAUUCUCACGGUUAAAGCCCGUUGAGAUCUCAGUAUCGAAACUUUCUGAAACAAAAAUGCAAAACUAUCAGGACUUCCAACUAACGGGUGAUUCCAAUAUAUCUAUUGGACCAAGCGAUACAGCUUGCGUCUGGGUUGAAAUUAAGAAAUCAUUGGAGGAUUUUAAAGAGGGUCAAGUUAUGGAGAAUUAUUUUCAAUAG